AUGGUCCAGGUGGCGGUCCAGCAGGAGGUGGCCCUGCAGGACCUGGUGGAGGUGCUGAGGCAGAAAUGUGAGAUGGUGAUCCACCAGGGCCUGGUGGUGGGCCCGCAGGACCUGGCGGAGCGCAUGCACUCGUUGGCAGCGCGGCCGGCGUCGUUGGGCAAGCUGCUGGCGUUGAUGUGGGAAGUGCAGAUGGCCGUGUUGGCAGUGCUGAAGGCGUGGAUGUGGGAAGUGCAGAUGGCCGGGUUGGAAGUGCAGACGGCGUUGUGGGAAGUGCAGAUGGUGUUGUUGGAAGCGCUGAUGGUUUUGAAGGCGGUGGUCCCGCUGGUCCUGGAGGCCUGUUUGGUCCUGGUGGUGGCCCUGUCGGUCCAGGAGGUGGCCCUGUUGGUCCGGGAGGUGGUCCUGCAGGUCCGGGUGGCGGGCUGGCAGGUCCUGAUAACUUUGGUGCUGCUGGUCCGGGUGGUGGGCCGCUUGGUCCAGGCGGUGGGCCUGCAGGACCAGGCGGAGGCCCAGCUGGACCUGACGGUUUGCACGCUGUUGGUGGACAGGCUGCAGGUCCUGGCGGCGGGCCUGCCGGUCCCGGUGGUGGUCCUGCAGGGCCUGGCGGUGGACCAGAGGGUCCAGGUGGUGGACCGGUGGGUCCUGCUGGUGUUGGCGGUGUGUGGGCUCCUGGUUUUAGGAGUGCUGCAGCGGCCAACGCAUUCGGUGUUGGUCCUGGUGCCUUUCCAGGACCUGAUGGUGGUGGACCUGUUGGUCCGGGUGGCGGACCACAUGGCCCCGCCGGUGCUGGAGGUGUUGCAGCACCUGGUCCUAUCUUUGGCACUGUUGCAGCGCCUGGUCCUAUCUUUGGCACUGUUGGCCCGGGUGGUGGACCGCAUGGGCCUGCCGGUGCUGGAGGUGUUGCAGCCCCUGGUCCUAUCUUCGGCACCGUUGGCCCGGGUGGUGGACCGCAUGGGCCCGCUGGUGCUGGAGGUGUUGCAGCCCCUGGUCCUAUCUUUGGCACCGUUGGCCCAGGUGGUGGACCGCAUGGGCCUGCUGGUGCUGCAGGUGUAG